UUACUUUGGCUCCUCCCUGAGAAGGCGGAGGGCUUGAGCGACUUCGGUCGAGCGAUUGAGAGAGACGGCGGGAGCUGCUGCUGUUUGACAGCCCGCCGGCGGCUGGGCCUCUCCAGAGCCAGCAACGAGUUAGGCGGGUUCCGGGCGGCCACAGCUCCGAAGAUCUCGGACUGGGGAGAAGGGGAGUCGCUGCUCAGCGAGCGGUGGAAGGAGGCGCCUUUCCGUCCCGUGUUUUGCAGGUUUCAGGUUGCAACCGAGGCCUCCUGGGAAGGAGAAAACACAUGAUGGCUGAUCCUUCAUUUCUGCAAAUACAACAACCAGCUGUUACUUAGUUCUGCCUCCAUCCUUAAAUGAAACACAGGUUCCAUAGGAGGAGAAGAGGAAUAAAGAGACACUUGGCAGUCCUUAUAUAAACAUUGAAUUGGGGGGAAAAAAGGAUGGCUGAGAACCUUGACCAGUUCCUUGAAGACCAAAAAUCCAAGUUGGCCCAAGACAAAGCAAAACUUGAAAAUGAUCCUCCUUACAUGGAAAUGCAGAACAAAAGUGCAGAGAAGCUUUCGGAGGCCAACAAAAUGUUAAUAAUGAUGGCUAAGGAAAACAUUCCACCAAAUAGUCAAGAGACUUGCAUACAUGAUUAUGGCUUAAGCUUGCCUCUUGGGGAAGAAUAUGAAUAUAAAAAACAUAAGCUGAAGGAGGAGCUUCGACAAGACUACAGGCGUUACCUUUCACAGGGUAUUUCACAAGCAAAAAGGAAGAAAAAAUAUCUUACAUCUGGAGAAGUUGACCCAUAUACUCAGGGAGUAUCACUUCCUAUUGGUGACAGGAGGUCUGCUAAGGACAGGUUAAGACUUGAAAGAAACAAGGAGUACAAUCAGUAUCUCAGGGAAAAGGAAGAAUGGAAUGAAAGGUUAAGAAGAGUAGGGAAGAAGCAUGCAGAGCAUGACACAGAUACACUCACAAAAAUUAUUGCAGUUACCAGAACCCAGCCAGCAUUACAUACUCCAAAUUUGUCCCCAAGAAGAGAUGAAGAAUCCUUCAGGAAAGAUGCUUGCACUUCUACAGAGAUCCGUGAAGGGCUGUCAAGUAAGAGACAAUCAGUAGACCAAAAUCACAAACUGAAUAAUGAAAUUGGACACGGGGACACCAUAUUGCACAAAAAACUUGAUGAAGAAUUGAACAUUUCUGAUAGAAAGCUCCAAAGGCUGGAUUGCAAACCUGAUACCUCUACUAGAAGACAUCACAGAUUUGAUGAGGGUCAUGUUCCUGAAAUAAACGAUGAAAUGGAUCCUAGAUUUCGAUAUGAAAGUGACUAUGACAAAAGACCAUUGCGGGUCUUUCAUGCUCAAAGGAGCCAAGGCAAUUCUCCUGUUAGUGAGCAGGCACAGUCUGCUACUGGUAAUGUUCCAUAUGCAACAGGACUCAUAAUUGGAUGUCAAGAUAGAGAGCUUAUUCAGAGGAGAAAAGAACAAUAUAGGCAAGAACUGAUGGAACAAAUUGCUGAGCAACAGAGAAAUAAGAGACGUGAAAAAGAGCUUGAGCUCCCAGUUGCUGCAUCUGGUGCUGUAGACCCUGAGAAAAAGCCCAACAGACUGAAAGAGCUAGGAUUAACACCACGAAUGUCUGAGGAGAGAAUACCACCAGAAAGACCAAGGCCAGCAUUUCAAACCCCUACACCUGGACCUAUAUCCAUAUCUGCACCUCCUAUCUCACCAGUGAAUGAAGAUUUCCAUAGAGGAUUGUCCACUACUCUUGGAGAAAUGUUGGCUCCUAGAAUUGCACCUUUACCCCCUCCACCUCCACCACCAAUUUUGAUCGAUAACUAUAGAACUCCAUAUGAUGAUGCAUACUACUACUAUGGUGCCAGGAAUCCUUUGGAUCCCAAACUUGCAUAUUAUGGCACAGGUAUAGCAGGGGUACAGCCUUCAUCUGCACCUCCACCUGUUGAUACUGUUCAAAGACCUCCUGCUAUGACUGCAAGUAAAAUUGGAGAAAGAAUUGUAAACGACAGAGCAAAAGGUCUGGGAAUAUUUCCUGAAGAAAAAACAAAGCCCUCAAGAGAGGCUACUUUAACUUAUCAACAAGAAUUGCAACAACAGAUAAGGGAAAGGGAAGAACGUCGCAGGCAAGAAAAGGAGGAAAAGGAACGGUAUGAGGCCAAACUAGAAGCUGAAACGAGAAAUUACAAUCCUUGGGGAAAAGGAGGUGGUGGUGCUCCUCUCAGAGAUAAAAAAGGAAACCUCAUAACUGACUUGAAUAUGAUGCACAAGCAAAAUGAAGAUGCAUAUCAUAAUCCAGAGGCACGAAUAUAUGAAGAUAAAAGGGCUAUAGUAUCUGUUGACCUAAGUUUGGCCUCUCCAAGACUUGAGAAUACAGAUGAAUCUACAAAUAAAAUAGCAGGUUUUACAUAUACACAAAUAUCCCCAUUUGCUCGUGGUAAUGUUUUUGGUGAGCCCCCAACACCGGAACAGCUUAGGCGUCAAGAAUCAUAUAAGAACUUCCUUCGUUUUCAGAUUGAAGAGAAAAGAAAAAGAGAAGAAGAAGAGCGUGAAAAACGAAGACUUGAAGAAGAAAGGGAAGAACAAAGACUAGCUGAGCAGCGGGCUAGAAUUCAGAGAGAAUUUGAAGAGGAACUAGAAAGGAAACGAAGGAGAGAGGAAGAGCAAAGAUUAAAAAAUGAAGAACUAUAUCGAUUAGCUGAAGAAAGAAGAAAAGAGACAGAGAGAAAAAAGUUAGAUGAGGAAGAAAGACAGGAUAGACAGCUCCAGCAGAAUAGUGAAACUGAAAAACAUAUAAUGAUUGAAGAAGAAAAGAUUUCCAGGCAAUCUUCUCCCCUCAUUCCACCUCUUCAGAACAAGGGUUUUGUAAAAGAAGAAAGGUCGCUUUUGGUGGAGAGCCGUAUGUCUUACUAUACACAUGAUGUUCCCAGAGUUCCAUCUCCUCCAGUCCCAGCUAGAAGAAACCAGCUACGUGCCUAUGAAGAAAGGAAGAAUGUAAUAAGUGAACUAUCAGAGAUGAGGAAGCAGCUCCGCAGUGAAGAGCGGCGACUACAGGAACAGUUGCUGAAAGUCCACAGUGAUGACGAUGACAUGCCAGGAAAAGGCAGGAGGAAAGAUAAACACAACAUGGAUGUAUUUGAGAUGGCUAGACUUCGUAUGCAAGCUCCAGUCAGACGACCGUCAUCAAAGGAUGUUGCUGAUCCUAUCAAUGUACAAAAUAUCCGUGAAUUUAAUGAACUUAAAUACAAAGAUUCAGAAACACGUGUAGAAACAAGGUAUAUGUAUCCUGAUCCUCCCACGAAUAAUGAUACUCUGGACAUUCAGCAGCAAGCAUUGCUAAGAGAGCAGAGCAAGAAACUUAAAAAAAUGAAGAAAAACGCAGAAGCUGUCCUAGAUUUUGAUGAGCCUGUGUCUGGCCUGAAAUUGAGAGACAGGGGAAUGGUCAGAGAUGAUGAGUCAGAUGAAUUUAUGAAAAACUCACUUUUGGAGUCUGAAAGUGCUUUUAUUGGUACUGAGGGCGAGACCUUUCCUAUUUUAGAAGAACAUAACUUCAAUGUGAAUUCAACUCCUCCACCUUCUGUCUCUGCAAGAGAAAGGAGGCGAGAAAAGAAAAAGGAUGCUGCUGCCCUUAGGUUGACUCCACCACCACAAUCUGAUAGCAACUCUCUGCACUCAAGUUCUAGUAUCAAUGUAGAUCAGCUGAAAGCCAGAAAUGAAGAGCGACUGCAAAGACUGAAUGAGCUGCAAAAGAAGGCCAUUCAUAUAGCUGAUGAUAUUUCACUGGGAAAUGCUGAUGACAUCGGGAAGGAGUUGCUAUCUAAAGAUGACAGAAGAUCCAACUCUGUUGAGACAGUGGCAACUGAGCCUUGGUUGAGACCUGGAACGUCGGAAACCCUUAAACGAUUUAUGGCUGAGCAGUCAAAUCAAGCUAAACUUUCUUCUGAGAUGAACUUACCUUUCAAUUGGCAGGGACUGUCAACUGCCCAUGGCUGAAUAAAUCUGUAGUGAAGCCAGUUGUGCCUUUCAAAAGAAUGUUUCUCCACUACUGCACUUUUAACUUUAAAUGCUGUGUACAGAAGCACAGCUGUAACAAAUAUUGUAAACAGGCAGGCAAACAAAUUAUGACAAACUGCUGCAAUUCUGUCUUCUGAAGUUAAAUGGUCAGUAUGGUACUGGUAAGAUUUAACCUUGGAAGUGAAACUCCUGCAGUAGGUCAUCCUGAACAUUUCAGCUUAGAGCUAAGCACACACACAUUCAGCUUGUUGAAUGGCACAGAGGCAAGGUUUUCCAGUUUACUCUUUGUAUUUUUUUGUUUGAAAAAUUACCUCAGUCCUCAAGUCUUAGAACAAGAUUGUGAAACACGUCCUGCAUUUAACAGAGCUGAGUGCUGUAGCUUGGAUUUCUCUUACAUUUCGUAGAUGUCGAAGGAUCUGCAUAGAUUAAGAAUGGUUCAUUUUGCUGCUUUACUCUGUAUCCCAUCUUUUCUAGCCAAUCAUUUGUUCUAAAAUGCUAAAUUAUUCUGUCACCUUGUGUGUUUUUAACAUCAAUAGUGAACACUAUUAAUUGUAUU